AUGAGAGACGCCGAUUCUGGGUCUUUGUUUGGCUCUGGGCGGCACGGGCGCAGGGGAGGAAACCCUCCGAGGGCUGCGCUGGACGCGCGGCCAUGGCGAACUUGGACAGCUCCCUCCAGGACUUGCGCAGCAGGAGGUUUGAGCUCGGCCCCACCGACGUGCUGGAGCGCAAGGGCUCCCUGACCCUCCGCUCCCGCCACAAAAAGUACUCGAAGCCGGUGCUGGCGUGCUCCUGGCACCACAACAGAGAAGCUUAUCCCAAAGAUUAUGAUAUAGAGGGUCCUGAGGAAGUAAAAAAACUGUGUAAUUCAACUUAUUGGAGACUUGGAACUGAUGAACCCAAAAUUUGGAUCUCAGAAACACAUGAACAAAUGGAAAAAGCUAUUUUAAACAUGAAAAGGACUGAAAUAAAAAGCAAGGCUUUAUUGAAUGAGGAAACAAUAAGCUCUGGGAUUAUUGAAAGGGACACUGGGUUGCCUGUGACAGGCUUUGGAGCUCUCUUUACUAGACACCCACCAAAUCGGCGCAAAAUGUGGGCACUGACGACAUAUGCUGAAAGCUACGCUCCACCAUAUGAUUAUCAGCCACUUUUGAGGACCCUCAGGCUCAGGAAGGCUGAAGAACUUGAUCAUGGCAACGGAUAGUGAACAGAAGAAAUCCAGGCUUCAGAGACCCAACUCAUUGCUCCUCUUUAAACUUCGGACUUUACCAUGUUUUUUUGCUGUAACCGUCUGAUAGACCAUUGCAUUAGAACCCAGGAAGCCUUGAAUUAACUACUUAAAAGGUUCAAUAAUUUCCUGACAAAUAUACAGCUUUGCAACCAUUCCCAUGAUCAAGAUAAAGAACAUUUCCGUCAUGGUCAGUGAUUCUGUUGUCCUUGCCUGGGACUCCCCCUCCUUGCUGCUUCCAGAAAAUGAUUCCACACAGAAAGCCAGAGCAAUCAUGAGACUCACCUCGUGUGUUUCCUUUUCUUCGAAGAUCACAGUUCUGUCCUGCCUGCUGUCCAAUAUCUAAAAAUAUUAGUUAGCAUGUUUUGUUAAAUUUACAAGCUAUGGUGGGAGUAUAAGUCUAGUUCCAAUGACUUAAUCAUGGCUGAAAGCAGAGUUUCCAAUAUUAAAUAUUUUAACAUUUUUCAAUCUUUCUCCCGCGGUGGUUGAACGCUAACUCUAGUUCUGAGCCAGGUCCUUUGAUAACCGGUGAGAGACCUGGGCAAGAGGGGUCUGCGUGCUGGGCCCCCCGCUUUAGAGGAACCUGCGAACACGUACACAAAUGAGUUUAUGGGGCACACGGGCAACUGAUACAGCCCGAUCCAUACCAAAGCCAUAUUCUUGUGACUUCCACUGCUCGGGCCCCAGGGCACCGCUUCUUUACAUCAUCUCUCUAUGUUCUCUAAUCAAAAUGUCACAAAAUGUAGCUACAUCUGAAUGCCAGGGAGCUUCGUCGGUUGUGCCCCUGAAGAUUUCAGAGGCAGACGCUGUUUUAGGGUGCUAGGAGGAUUGAACAGCAGAAGCACUCAGUGAGAGAAAAGAGAAAUUAACUUGUCAAAUUCUUCCUCUCAGCCUGAAUACAAUCAAUUCUUAUUUAUCUUGCCAAUAGUGCCAAAUGUUCAUUUUCUUUCUUCUCUUUGUGUUUCAAUUUGUUGUGCCAGAAAGACUGACAAAUUGCUGUGAGUAUUUGUAACAGUUGCACAUGACAGCUGAGGAAUCUUGGAAAGAGUAAAAAAAUGAAUAUUUCUGUUAACUUUGUAUGUAUGUAGAUGAAGAUACAUGCAUUGUGAAGUGUGAUACUGAUUCUUUACCUUACUGAACUGAUAUUGAAGUCUACAUUUUGAAAAGGCUAAAUUCUGUUAAAAUGCUUAUUAAGAUUUAAGUAAAUUUUCAAAAGAGCAAA